GUCUUGACCAGAGUGUGGAGGCCGUUCCCCAAUCGAAUCCUGAUGGAGCUGUUGCUCCCUGCACUAGUCUGGGAACGUGGAAACAGAAGGAGGACUAAACAGGUGGUCAGAAACACACAGCUAACAAUGUUGUCCCUGGAUAAAAUGUGAAAGAUAUUUUGGUCUCAUCUCUUUUUAAGGAUACAAGAUUCAAUAACCAAAUUUAAUUCAUGUUUCGGCUGACUUUCAAAGGGAUAAUUUAUCCUCGGUUUUCCUCCGAAUCUGGGCAAGAUCUAUCGGAUAUUAAACUAUGAAAGUGACUGUGUGUUUUGGAAGGACUAGGGUGGUGGUACCGUGCGGAGAUGGAAAUAUCAAAAUCCAUAUUCUCAUCCAGCAAGCCGUCAUGAGAUACAAAAAAGCAAUUGCAAAGGAUGCCAGCUACUGGUUACAGGUGCACCGGUUGGAGCAUGGGGACGGAGGUAUCCUGGACCUGGAUGACGUGCUGUGUGAUGUGGCUGAUGACAAAGACCGGCUGGUGGCGGUGUAUGAUGAACAGGAACCUCACCAUGGUGGUGACGGCACCAGCGCCAGCUCAACGGGCACCCAGAGUCCCGACCUGUAUGCCACUGAGCUCAUCACAAGCAGCAUGUCUGCUUUCCAGCCCUACCAGGCCGCCAGCGAGAUAGAAGUCACUCCGUCCGCCCUCCGAACUAAUAUGCCCCUCCAUGUGCGUCGCAGCAGUGAUCCAGCACUGGCGACGGUCAAUGGGCCAUUCAGCGACCCCCGUGUGACCCUGCCGCCAGAGGAGCCGUCCAGGAAGAACCCCACCCGCUGGUCCACCACAGCUGGUUUCCUCAAACCACGACACUCUGUUGGAGACACCAGCACUGAAGCCAACAGCCUGGAGAGAAAGGGUAAGGUUGUGGACACGUACCGUAGUCUCCCCCGUGACUCAGGGACCUGGGCAAACGAGAGAGAGUUCCAGAGAGAGACGGCCCGCUCCUCCCUGAGCGCCAACCAUCCCAUGGUAGACCGCUGGCUGGAGAGACAGGAGCAGGAGGAGGGGGGGCACGGGGAGGAGGAGAACGGCAGGAUCGAGCCGGUUGGCCGAGCUGACUCCUGUAUGGCCCACACCCCUGUGAGGUCACUGGAUCUAAUCUUCAGUGACAUUGUAAAGCUGGUAGAAGUGUCCAAUGACGGCGGGCCCUUGGGGAUCCAUGUAGUGCCUUUCAGUGCCCAGGACCGCAGGACUCUCGGCUUGUUGGUCAAGCGCCUGGAGAGGGGAGGCAAGGCGGAGCAACAUAGUCUGUUCCAGGAGAAUGACUGCAUCGUACGCAUUAAUAAUGGAGACCUGCGAAACAUCCGCUUCGAACAAGCCCAGAACAUGUUCCGCCAGGCCAUGCGUUCACCAGUCAUCAUGUUCCAUGUGGUUCCCAACCUGAUGAAGGCCCAGUAUGAGCAGCUGUCACACAGCGAGAGGAACCCCGACGUGGCCUACUCCUCUGGAAGCUUCAGCCCUGACUCCGUAGUCAGCGAGAGAGGCAGCACAACCUCAGGCCUGGACCACACCCCACAGAGGAUGUCCCGUGGUCCCCACCCUCACCAGCACCCCGAGCAGGGUGACGCCUACAUCUCUCUACCUCACCCCCAUGUGCUUGCCCAUGGGGGCUCCAUGGGCAAGCCCCCAUUAGGCCACGCCCCUCCAGGCCGCACCCCCUCCCCUCACAGGGUGCUAAACUCCACCCCCACGGCGGGCUUCACCAAAAAGGUCGGCAGGAGACUGAACAUCCAGCUGAAAAAAGGUCCGGAGGGUCUGGGUUUCAGCAUCACAUCGCGUGACGUCCCCAUCGGCGGCUCGGCGCCCAUCUACGUGAAGAACAUCCUGCCCCGAGGAGCUGCCAUCCAGGACGGACACCUCAAGGCCGGAGAUAGGCUGCUGGAGGUGAACAGAGUGGACCUGGUUGGGUUGACCCAGGAGGAGGUGGUCUGUCUGCUGAGGGCCACGCCCAUGGGAGGGGCUGUGGGGCUUGUGGUGUUACGACAGGAGGAGACCUUCCUGCCCAGAGAAGUGAAUGCAGAACCCCAGAUGCAAAGCCCCAGAGAUUUGAAGAUUGAGGAGGAUGACCUGGUGUUGACCCCGGAUGGUACCAGGGAGUUCCUGACCUUUGAGAUCCCUCUGAGUGACUCCGGGUCGGCGGGGUUAGGGGUCAGCGUCAAGGGCAACCGCUCCAAGGAGAACCACUCUGACCUGGGCAUCUUCGUCAAGUCCAUCAUCAACGGGGGAGCUGCCUGCAAGGAUGGAAGGCUGCGGGUCAACGACCAGCUGAUAGCGGUGAACGGGGAGUCGUUGCUAGGCAAGACCAACCAGGAAGCCAUGGAGACGCUAAGGAAGUCCAUGUCGGUAGAGGGCAACAAGCGUGGGAUGAUUCAGCUGAUUGUGGCCAGGAGGGUCACUAAACGCAACGAGUUGGAGGCCUCUGGGAGCCCCCUGGGACCGGAGCAGACCCUCAACUCCACCCUGCUGGACGACCGGGAGCGUCGGAUCUCCCACUCUCUGUACGGAGGCAUAGAGGGCCUGGACGACAACCUGAUGCCACGGCAGACACUAAUGGGCCGAAUGAUGGGUAACUACCAGCUCUCCCCUACAGUCAACAUGCCCCAGGACGACACAGUCAUCAUCGAAGACGAUAGGCUGCCAGUACUUCCUACCCAUCUCUCUGACCAAUCGUCCUCCAGCUCACAUGACGACGUGGGUGUCCCUCCCCCCUGGGCCAAAGAGAUUCAAAUUCAGAAUGAGAGCCCUCUGAGCCCUGAUGACACUGACCCAGACGGAGCCUUUCAGAGGGAGGGCUUCGGCAGACAGAGCAUGUCUGAGAAACGGACAAAGCAGUUUGGAGAUGCCAGUCAGCUGGAGAUCAUCAAGACACGCAAGUCCAAGAGCAUGGAUCUAGUAGCCGACGAGAUUAACCUCACCCCUCGCAAAGAGAACACACCAGGGUCUUCCACCAGGGACGUGGGUCCUUUCUUAGGCCUCAAGAAGUCCAGCUCUCUAGAGAGUUUACAGACAGCCGUUGCCGAGGUAACGCUGAACGGUGACAUGCCCUUCCACAGGCCACGCCCACGCAUCAUCAGGGGGCGGGGCUGCAAUGAGAGCUUCCGGGCUGCCAUCGACAAGUCAUACGACAGGCCAGCCGCUACAGAGGAUGACGAUGAGGACAUGGAGACAUUGGAGGAGGACACCGAGGAGAGCUCUCGGUCCGGGCGUGACUCUGUGUCCACCGUGGCAGAUCUGACGCCACUGCCUAACACCGAGAGACCGCUGGUCAACGGCAACCGCACCGAUGAAGACGAGAAGGACAAGGGAGGGAAUGACAAAAAGAAACAGAAGGACAAAGAGAAGGACAGCAAGAACAAGGCUAAGAAAGGCAUGCUGAAAGGCCUGGGAGACAUGUUCAGGUUUGGUAAACAUCGCAAGGACGGAGAGAAAAUUGAGCGUAAAGGGUCAAGCAAGUGGAGGCCGGAAGAGCUGCAAGCCUCAGAGGAAGAAACACUGAGGAUGAGACUGGAGCAGGAGAGGAUCCAGCUUAAGACCCGGGAGCUGCGGGAACGGCAGGCACGGGAGAGGGACUACGCUGAGAUCCUGGACAUCAACCUGAGCCGAGACGAGGAGCACCCCUAUGCCGGCAUCGGCCCCCUGGACACGUCCCUGGGCAGCGGACACAGCCGUCCCCAGAGCCCCCGAGACAACGACCACCACCACCAAGACUCCUCCCUCUACACCCAAGUCGGCAAGGCCCGCAACGCAAACGGACGCCCUCCCUCCGCCGACAGCAACAGACUAGCGCCUAGCAACCACGACCGGAUACAGCGGCUGAGGCAUGAGUUCCAGCAGGCCAGGGAGGACGAUGACCCAGACGACCGGAGACGCACCUAUAGCUUCGAGCAGCCCUGGCAGAACACCACCAACACCGGUCCAAGCCCGUACCAGACAGACAGACAACAGACAGGCCGACACUCUGUGUCUGUAGAGAUGCAGAUGCAGAGACAGAGGCAGGAGGAGAGAGACGCCUUCCAACAGGCGCAGAGACAGUACAGCUCUCUGCCACGACAACCCAGGAAGAACCCUAGCUCCAUCUCUCAGGACUCCUGGGUCAAGGUCUACCCGCCGGGCGAGGGCUUCCAGACGACCAAGGAGAACCCUCGCUACUCCAGCUACAAGGGCUCCAGGAACGGCUCCCCGGGGGUGAGCAGUGUGAAUGCCCGCGUCUUGCUGGAGGCCCAGGAGCUGCUGAGGCAGGAGCAGAGACGCAGGGAGCAGAAGGCCAAAGGGAAGCAGCUACAACUAGCACCCCCGCAGGAGCACCACGGGAACAACACCUACAAUGCCACUCUGUCAUACUCAGCUCACAUGGACCCUGUGUCGCCUAAGGGCCCCUAUAGACAGGACGUACCCCCCUCGCCCUCCCAGCUGGCCAGGCUCAACAGGCUGCAGGGGCCUGAGAAGGGGAGGCCCUUCUACUCCUGAGGGGAUAAGGGUGGGAAAGGGACAGGGCAGCCAAGAAGAGGCCACAGUUGGUGGCGACUACUUCAGGAGCUGAUUAGCUAUAGAAUGGGGAGGCCCUUCUACUCCUGAGGGGAUAUGGACAGGGUAGGCCAGAGGGGCCAUACUUGUGGACAAUGUGAAUAGGGAAGUGUUAGUAUUAAUGGCCUCUUAGUGACCUCCGUUCAGUCCCAGUCAGUCCUGUUUCCUCACACAGACUGUUGUUAAAUGAGACUUUCAGUGCCUCCUGUGUUCAUGGACAUGAUGCUUUCUGGGGUAGUAGUGGUGUUGUGGGAUUCAUAGACAUCUGUCACCCUCACGCUCUGACAAUCAUACAGGCAAACAGAUGUUUUUUCAAACAAUGGAGAAGUGUGUGUGUGUGUGUGUGUGUGUGUGUGUGUGUGUGUGUGUGUGUGUGUGUGUGUGUGUGUGUGUGUGUGUGUGUGUGUGUGUGUGUGUGUGUGUGUGUGUGUGUGUGUGUGUGUGUGUGUGUGUGUGUGUGUGUGUGUGUGUGUGGCGUGUGUGGCGUGUGUGGCGUGUGUGUGGCCGAGAGACUGUCUUAAUGUAUGUAUGUGCGCUAUGCUAGUGUGGUGUGGACACUUACAAGGUCGCCUGGUUUUGUUAAACCAUGGCUCCUACUUGACAUGCCCUCCCCUGGACAUGAACCUCCCCAUAGUUGGUAGUACACUAACACGUCAAAACAACAACGCUGAGCUCUCACUAUUCUAUUUCUCUGUUUUCAUCCUUUCUUUCUUUACUUCAGUAGUCACCAGUGGGCUAGAGAAAAGGGAGGGAGUGUGUAAAAGGAGGGGGAGCAUAGCACUGGUUAUUAAUGAAGGACUCUCAUAAAUUAUUCAUGUGUGUGCCAUCUCCAUGGAGAGAGUCUGAUCCACCGCCUGGCCUCUCUGCUCUGGGCACGGCUAACCUGGCCUGCCUGUCUCUGGCUUCCUCCUCUCCCUCACCACCACUUUCUCCUCCUUCUCUCCUCCUCUUUCCCCUAUCCUCCUCCCCCUCACCACCUUUUUCACCUCUUCUCCCCCUCACCUCUUUCACCUCUCCUCCUCUUCCACCUCUCCUCCUUCCCCCCACCACCCCUUCCACCUCUCCUCUUCCCCCUUCCACUCCUAGUUCAGCUCUUCUCAUCCCCCUCGCGUCCUUUACCAACUCUUCCCCCGUCAACCCUGCACUGAAUUUUGCAUCACAAGCUGCCUGCCACAGCCAAAGAACAGAACACACACCUAGAGGCUGCUGUGUAGUGGAGGGCCACACCACAGUUUCUCUCCGCAGAGAGACAAUCGGAGUACCGACGCAAGAUUUAGGUUCAAUCUUCCCUUGUUCAUAAAAAAUAAAUAGUGUUUGAGUGGUAAUUGCUUUCAGCUGCCGUAUAGCGGAGUACUAGUGAGUCGCUCUCCUCCUGUAAAUAUUGGACCUUUAAUGUAACGAUGCUCUGAUGUCUAUGAAAUGUACCAAAUGGUGGAGAUGAAUUUCAACCGAACAAAGGAGAGCACAGAAAAGAUGACAAAUCUAAUGACUGUGGUACGUACUCUGUGUUGCCUCGUGGUAUACUAUAACAGAAGAGUCUGGCACCUCGCUGCUUUGGAGAUGUGCUUCAGUGUUCUCCCUAUGCCAAUUACAGCCAUACGAAAUGCAUUAGCUUCCAUUUGUGAGUUAAUACAGUGUCUGUGUCCCAAAUGGGACCCUACUAUCUACACAGUGCACUACGGGCCCUGGUCAAAAGUAGUGCAUUAAAUAGGGAAUCAGCUGUUGAACACGUCUAACAUGGAAAUAAGACUGUGUUCUGUCGUCUGUACUGCAGUACUUUGCCAAUGUCUGCAGUCUGGUUGGAAUCUGUUGUAUGGUGUCCAUUGCUAGCUUAGUUCCAGAUCUGUCUUGUUAAUGUCUAUGGUCGUUAUAGUUAACAAGGGUGUAGGCAGAAGUUCCCCAGACUAUGUUGCUGAUCUUAUGUCAGUUUUUCAUUUCCCUCACUAAAUGGUUAAGGUUAGGAUUGGGGGAGGGAAGCUGAUCCUAUAUCUGUACCUAGGGGAAACAUCACCCCAGAGUAGUAAAUAAGACAGGGCAAAUAGAUCUGGGAUCAGGUGGACCAUCUGACCACCACUGGCUAAGUUGAGAGUUCAAUAAUAAGUGCCUGAGAUGCCAUGCAGUUCCUGAAUAGGGAAAACAAUGUGGAUUGUUCCUUGUUGUAGCUAAGUAGACACAACACCAUCACACCAUGUGUUUUUAACAUAAUAUUAUCAUCUCUACAGCACAGUAUGUGUUUUGAUUGUUUUGGGUCUUUUUUACAAUGAGAAGCCUCUGCACAGCUGAUCAGUGUAUUUGUAUCCUGUCUGUUUGACAUUGCCUUCACAAUGCUGUGCGUAUCAUGAUGUUUAAAGUAUAAAGCUAUUGUAAGCACAGUGCAAUUGUUUUUCAGACUUUGACAUGAUAUGUUUAGACAUGUAUACAGACACGUUUCCUGUACAUAUCACAUUUAGAAUAAAAGGAAGGCAGUUUCAUCCUGUU